AUGACGACACCGACGCAGCGCUUCUCACCAUGCCCGACCCCGUUCUCAGACCACGUCUACAAGACGGUCCAAGGUGUUGACAUCCCUCUGCGUAUAUGGCCCGCGACUGGCCCAGAGGCCAACCAAGGGCCACGGCCCUGGCUCCUCUGGUACCAUGGUGGUGGCUUUAUCGCGGGGAAGCAUGCCAUCCCGAACGCUUGGGUCGUGCCGGCCUUUCGGUCGCGCGGAUAUCACGUCGUGAGCGCCGCCUACCGCUUCAUUCCCCACGUCAACCUAGACGACAUUGUGACCGACACGAUCGACGCCCAUGCGUGGUGCCGCCUGCACCUCGCCGACAUCCUGGCACAGACGGAUGGAAAGGUUGACAUUGACGCACUGGUAGUGGGUGGAGACAGUGCCGGCGGAACCCUCUCAACGCUGGCCGGGCACAAGCUGUCGCCGCCGCCCAGAGUGGUGGUGGACGUGUUUGGCGUUGUCGACCUGACCGACCCACACAUGACAGGCGAAGGGGUCGACCCGGACAGCCCUGCUGCAGUUAUGUUGCGCUCCAUCCCCCUGUCGGGUGCCUUCACCGCAGAACAGGUGGCCACCGCGCUCGCCGAGACGGACCCCAGCAAGGCCGAGGUCAUUGCACCUUGGUCGUGGGAGAUGGAUCCCAACAUGGACCUCGCGACGCUCCAGUCCUUCUGGGGCAUGCCCUCCUUCAAGGUUGACCCCGCCCACACGCUACGCAUGGACAUGCUGCUGCAGAUGAGUAAGGAUUCGUCCAUGGGACGCUUGCUUGUCCGACCUAAGGACGCAGCCGGCCACAAAGACCUGGACGAUUCGCAGGUGCUCGCUGCUCAACUCCGAAAGUGGUCCAGCUCACUCAUGCUCAACGACAAGGACAACUAUCCGCCUACCUUCUUCCUCCAUGGGCACAAGGACCGUGCGGUGCCCAUUGCGCAGAGCCAGCGCAUGGCAGCCAAGCUGAGGGAGAUGGGUAUCCCAACAGCCGAGGCAUACUCGCCUGAUGGCGACCACUGCUUUGAGAAUGUCAUCGAGGUGAGUUUCGGAAAGAUUGAAUGA